AAAAAACUCUGAAACCGAACAAAUUAAGUCCAAGCAUUGUUCGCUGUUUACUUUACCAACAUGAGUUUUUCUAUUAUUGUAUUUUUUAUCAGUGUAGCAGUUUUGGCUCCAGCAGCUUGGUUAAAUGAUAAUAAUUUUGUCACAACAACACAAGAUAUAAUUAUAUAUGACAACUUUCGAAUAGAUGAUAAUUCUAAUUCAAAUUGGACUGCCGCCUCAGAUCACAAUAAAGAAUGGUAUGAUAGUUGGAGCAGAUGGUCUCAAUGGUCAACAUGUUCGCGGUCUUGCGAUGGUGGAGUUUCCCAUCAGUUAAGGCGCUGCAUUGCGGAACAAGGUUGUCAGGGAGAGCCAUUACGUUACAAAAUUUGCAACAUGCAGCCUUGUCCAGAAUAUCAAGAUUUCCGCGCACACCAGUGUUCAGCUUACGAUGGUAUGCUCUAUGAAGGUGUGCUAUGGCUUUGGAGUCCUCAUUAUGACGAUUCCGAGCCAUGUGCGUUAACUUGCCGCGGUCGUCCAGCCGCUCAGGGGUCGUCAAUAGAUGAAGAUGCUAUUAUGGUCGUCCAAAUGGCGCCAAGGGUACAAGAUGGAACGAGGUGCCGUCCUGGCAGUCUUGAUAUGUGUAUUCAUGGACAAUGCCAGCAUGUUGGUUGUGAUUUGCGAAUUGGAUCAUCUAAGAAGGUUGAUGUUUGCGGCAUAUGCGGCGGUGAUGGAAAGUCAUGCGGUUUACCGCUUUACCAUUGGGUUCUAUCAACAAUGUCCCAUUGCUCGGCCACUUGCGGAGGAGGUUACAAGAUGUCCCGACCAACUUGUAGAAAUCGUGUUACAGGGGUAGAUGUAGAAGACCAAUUAUGCAAUGAAACUCAAAGACCAGAUAUGCAAGUUAUCCAGUGCAACAUGAUUAAAUGUCCUGCUAAGUGGAUGGUCAGCGAGUGGGGCGAAUGUUCUGCAUCAUGUGAAGGCGGCGUGAGAAUAAGAGUUGUGAACUGUGUGGAAGAAGAUAAUGGAACAAUAAUUAAAGUUCCAGAUAGCAAUUGCAGGUUAGAUCGUCCGCGAACGCAGGAGCCCUGCGGCCUGAGAGGCUGCUCACGUUGGGAAACGCGAAAUUGGUCUGGGUGCUCUGUUUCCUGUGGUUCUGGAAUUCGUGUUCGCGGAGUGGAAUGUGUAAAUUUGGAUGGAGCUAUUGAUCAGAACUGCGACGAAUCCAAAAUGCCAGAACGUAUGGAAGCAUGUAGUACGGGAAUUGCAUGCCCUAUACAACACCAUCUCGAAUUGGAUAAUGAAAAAGAAAAGGAUCGUUCAUCUAGUGCUUUGUAUCAUACUCAACCAUUAAUUCAAUUAUUUCCUCCUGCUGUAGCGGAAAGGCUUAUGGCAAAGCAAGCUGCACCUUCAGAAGCAACAUUUAUAAAAGACUAUCAAUGGAGUGCAUGUAGCGUUACGUGCGGAGAAGGAGUUCGCCGUCGCGAGUUUCACUGUAAAAUAUUUCUAGAAUUUUCUCAAACAAUAGCAAUUGUACCAGACGAAAAAUGUCCGGGCAUAAAACCAUUACCAGAGACCGAGCGAUGCACACUAGAGCCGUGCUCAUUUGCCUAUGGAUUUAGCGAUGCCGCCUAUCCUAACGAUUUGCAUAGCGUCCGUGUUGCCGGAACCCCCGGUAAAACGUAUUCAUGGCAAGAACAAGGCUACACACAUUGCAGUGCCUCCUGCUUGGGUGGUGUUCAAGAACUUAUCAUCAAUUGUGUACGUGAUGACACUGAUAAAAUAGCUUCACCUUACAUGUGCUCGCCCGAAACGAGGCCAGAGAAUCGAAUCCGAACAUGUAAUGAUCAUCCAUGUCCGCCACGGUGGAAUUAUUCUAAUUUUCAACCAUGUACAAAGUCUUGCGGUAUUGGCAUUCAAACUCGUGAAGUUAAUUGCAUACACGAAGUAACACGCGGGGGUGGAAAUACUGUCGUAGUUCCUAAUAAUAUGUGCCCACAGCCACCUCCUCCCGACAGACAAUACUGCAAUGUAUUGGAUUGCCCUGCGAGGUGGAAAAUUGGUGAAUGGGGAAGAUGUAAUAAAAGCUGUGGAGGAGGUAUGAAAAUGCGGCAUGUCAGUUGUAUGCAAGUCAUGGCACAAAAUCAUGAAGUUGAAAGGCCUGCAAGCGCCUGCGCUACCGCCAGACCACAAGAUAGAAAAUCUUGCAAUAAUAAAAAUUGUGUUUCCUUAGAUAAACCGCACAUAGCAAUGAAUAAUAGUUCUUUUAUUCAGCACGAUUUAAAACGCAAAAAGGUUACGUUAAAAAUCGGAGGCGCUGGUACGGUAUUUUAUGGGACUCACGUUAAAAUAAAAUGCCCAGUCAAAAAGUUUAAUAAAACACGUAUACUCUGGACAAAAGAUGAUAGUCAAAUAACAAAGUCAAACAAAUAUCGAGUUUCGCGAAAAGGCGUCUUACGUAUACAGGAAGUCACAUAUCGCGACGGUGGUAUUUACACAUGUAUCGCUGGUCAGUCAUAUGCAAAAUUUGUGCUGGCAGUGAAGACAAAACCGGGUGAAUACAGUAAUAGCAAAAAAUUCGAUGCCGGACAGCAUCGAACAGGUGAUAAUCAAGCUAAACUGUUAUAUCAACCGGACGAUGAAAGCAAUAAAGAAAGCAAUGAACCAAAAAGUCCAAAACCGCAACGUACAGCUGCCAAUAGGAUAGUUAUUACAACAAUUUUGCAAUCUGAAAAUAGUACAGAGAAAGCUCUUUCGUCACAUAUUUUCGAGCAAAACGAUGGUAGCGACACAGCAGCACCCGGAAACGUAGCAGUCGCCGCAAGUUCAGCUGAACGCCCUGUGCCUAAUAUCAGCAUGCUCAUUUCCACUUUAAAGAUGCUCAUAGCAAGUGAAUUGGCUCGACUACUUGGCAACCAAAGCAAUUAUGAAAAUAGUAGUUAA